UCCAACGGCCGCCGACACUCCGCGCCGGUGAGGAGCGCGCGGCUUCCCGGGCGCUCCGGUUUCCGCCCGCGCCCGCACCGCCCGGGAGCACAGCAUCUUCCCGGCUCCGCGCACAGGCUGCGCCACGUAGCCUUGACUCGCGGCUCCCCUGCAGCUCCCGCGGACGCACCAACGAAUCGAUUCGCACGCUGGAGGCGACGGAGUCGCGGGGGCGUCCCGAGGCCAAGAAGCCCCGCGCGCCAUGCAGUCCCCUCCCGACUGGCCCCCAACGCCCGGCGACCUGCGGCCCUCUCCCUUCCCGCACCCUGCCCUGCACGCCCUGCACCGCCUGGCCCGAGCCUUGCUCUUUCCGGCUUACUGGGCUCUGGACCAGCUGCUGGGCUGCGGGGCGCCGCUGGCGCGCGCGAACCACCGCCGCGCGCUGAGAGCGGCCGCGGGCGCCGUGGGGGCGCUGCUGCUGCUGCUCCUGGCCGGCCUGCCCCUCGCCCUGCCCGGCCUGCUGCUCUGGCUGCCCCUGCAGGCUUGGCGCCGCCCCUUCUGCUACCGGCCCCCUCCGGAGUGCUGGGCGCCCCCGGCGCCCUGGCGCCCCCCCGCUGAGCCCGCGCGCUGCUUCGGCUUCCUCAGCGCGAACCUGUGCCUGCUGCCCGACGGCCUAGCGCGCUUCAACAACUUGCGGCACAGCCAGCGGCGCGCCGAGGCCAUGGGCGCCGUGCUGCUCGCCGGUCUGCGGCCCUCGCGCUAUGGGACUACGGGCUGCAGUCCGCCAGGGCCGGGGACGCCCGGUGGGACGCUGAUAGCCGCGGUGCCGGCGGGGCUGGACUUCGUGUGCCUGCAGGAGGUGUUCGACCUGCGCGCGGCGCACCGCCUCGUCCGCCGCCUCGCGCCCUGUCUGGGCCCAGUGCUGUACGAUGUGGGCUCCUUCGGCCUGCGGCCCGGACCGCACCUCAAGCUGCUCGGCAGUGGGCUGCUGCUGGCCUCCCGUUAUCCGCUGCUGCGCGCCGCCUUUCGAUCCUUCCCCCACGCACGGCGCGAGGACGCUCUGGCCUCCAAAGGACUGCUUUCCGCACAGGCGCAGGUGGGCAUCCUGGACGGGCGCCGCGUCGUGGGCUUCCUGCACUGCACGCACUUGCAUGCGCCGAGCGGGGACGCGCCCUUGCGCUGCAAACAGCUGACGCUUCUGCUGGACUGGAUCCAACAGUUUGAAGCCCAGAGCCGCCAGGGGGGCGAUGCCGUGGCCUUCAGCGUGCUUCUGGGUGACCUAAACUUCGACAACUGUUCUUUAGACCACGCAAAGGAGCAGGAGCACGAGCUCUUCAGCCACUUCCGGGACCCCUGCCGGCUGGGCACUCGCCGGGAGCAGCCCUGGGCCCUGGGCACGAUGCUGAACACCUCCACCCUGCGCCACUCGGUGGCCUGCUCCUCGGAGAUGCUGCGGAGGGCCCUGGAGCAGGAGGAGGGGCGCCACCGCUACCUGGCAGGCCCUCCGGGAGAGGGCCCCCGGACUAAGCCUUGGCGGGGCCGGCGCGUGGACUAUGUCAUGUACCGGGGAGUGGCCGGAGGCCCGCUGAGUCCAGAGGUGGAGCACGUGACCUUCAGCACCGCCCUGGCGGGGCUCACUGACCACCUGGCCGUGGGUCUUCGGCUCCGAGUGUCUGCGCCCUCCUGACGCACGCACGCAGGC